AUGACCUUCGUCUCAAAUGAUCCCACCUACUGGCUGGAUAUCAGUUUGAAUAUUUUUUUGAGCUAUUGGACAGUUGCCGCGCUGGUUGUGGUGGUAUACGAUUGGGUCUUAACACUCGGACAAGAGAUUGAACUCAUCUGGAGAAAACGCUGGUCCCUCAUGACCGUGCUGUAUUUGAUUAUACGCUAUAUUGGAAUACCAUUUUCUGUUACCAAUAUUCUGGGUAUGCCUCAUGCGCUGCCUGUGUUCCAUUUUUCUGACCAGCGGCACACAGAAAAUAUGGCAUCGGUAUCGCUGACAGAUGCAGUAAGUAUUCUGCACCCAUCUCAUUCCUAUGCAAUCAAUACGCUCAUAUGUGUAAGCACUAUCACGAACCACGCAGUGAAUGGCACAAAUGUAGCCUUGACUACCAUGUUGGGCGUCAUCAUGAUUUCUCGGUUGCAUGCCAUGUAUCAGGAAUCUAGAGCAAUGCUUAUAUUCCUUGUUAUUAUCUUCCUGGCUGUAAACAUCGCCUGCGCAGUGAUCAUGGUAAUAGCCCUCAAGUACCUCGUAGGAGGGGAGCUGAUAAUCUCUGGCGCGCAUAUGUGCAGUUAUGAAUUGGAAGGGAACGACCCGCUGCUUAUUUCAAUGAUUUCGGUCCUCAACAGUGUUUGGGAGGUCCUCGUACUGUGUCUUUCAGUCUGGAUUGCUGUGAAACACUUCCGUGACAUGCGACGACUCGGCCUCUCGACAGGAUCCAAGAUCGUGGACUGUUUCAAAGUGCUGAUACAAUCUCACGUUCUCUAUUUUGCAAGCUUUGUUGGUGUCUCUUGCAUCCAGCUUGUUUAUCUCUCUCCAAAUUUGAAUGCGAAUUCUAUUGGAGAUCAGGUACUCGAUGGUGCUGUUCAAAUUUUAUCGGUCGUGCAGAUGUUUGUGCUGGGACCACGCCUCAUCCUUAGUGUUCGAGAAUACCACGCCGAACUUGUGGAAUGCUCCGACGCAGAAAUUACCAUGAAUACGAUUAUCUUCCUGGAGCAUGUACAUGUAUCGACUAGCAGUACUGUGUAG